AUGCUUUCAACGAAAAAACCUCAUAUUGAGCUUGAACACCCGAUUGAGAUAUUACCAUAUGAGAUAGAUUCUUUUUCUUCUUAUACGGCUUCCUUUCAUCCGAAUAAUAUCAUGGAAGACAAACCUUCAGAGCAAUCUUCUCAACACGUAACCAAUUUGAAACAAUUCAAAGUUUAUGGCGGACUAACACCAAACAACAUGAUUGAACUGCUCCAUAGUGGAUUGCGGAAUAAUCCACGGCCCGAGUCCUUCCGAUUGAAAUACCGGAUGAAUCAAGUGUUGUUGCCAUGUCAAUAUAUCAAAAUUGUUCCGAUCGUUGCUUAUUCCCCAGAGUUCAGUUUUAGCAUAUGGUAUGUCGAGCUGAAGGGUAUUCGAGAUCGAGAAUUUGUUCAGAAGGCAUAUUUUGAUUACAAUAAUUAUCUUGAGCGUGAAGCGAUAAAACUUUGCCUAAAGCACUUUCGUCAACGGAACUAUUUGGAUGCGUCCAAUGCUUUACAAUCAAAGACUCACAUGCUUCUUGAGGACCCAUUCAUAACAGAACUUCACGCGCAGCUGGUCACGAAUGGAGAUUUUCAAGCGGCUGAAAAUAUCAUGAUUGAAGCUUCAUACAAGGGCCUGUUUGGAGAAUACAUUCGUGGUUGUUCAUAUAGUCACUUGUGGAAAAAAAUCGAAGCCACAGAUGCCGAUGGAAAUUCCCCAUGCAUGAGAGGUGGUCAUCAAAUGUGUAUUGAUGUUGAGGCAAGAUUAUUUAUCCUUUAUCAAGCUGGGCACAUUUAUUUACUUGGUGGCUGGGACGGAAGUAACGACUUAUCUGAUUUUUGGGUUUACGAUGUAAAUAACAAGAAUUGGGCAUUGAUUAGCGCCGACACGGAGGUGCAAGGGGGACCUAACCCACGCUCAAACCAUAAAAUGUGUCUGGACCCUAGCAAAAAAUGCUUGUAUGUCCUUGGGCGUUUUAUUGAUCGUGAUGUGCGCGCGGACGCAAACUUCAACUCGGACUUCUACCGUUAUGAUAUAAGGAAUAAUGAAUGGGAGUUGAUUUGCGAAAAUACGGCUUCCGUUGGAGGUCCCCAGCUGGUUUACGAUCAUCAGAUGUGCAUCGAUUCAGAAGCUCAAAUAAUAUACGUGUUUGGUGGUCGAACGAUGCCUCAGGACUCUGAAAAUUUUAGCUACAGCGGCUUAUAUACAUACACCAUACCGACAAAAGAGUGGAAAUUAAUCAGAUCAAAUAACAAUUCAUCUGAUGAUCUCCUUCAGCUUAAAUCGCGAAUUGGACAUUCCAUGUUAUUUGAUCAGCAUGAGAAAUUGUUAUAUAUAAUAGGAGGUGAUCGGGAUAAUUUAUUCUUGAGUGAUUUUUUCAUAUAUGACAUUCGUGCGGACACAAUUCACGAAUUAACAGCCGAAUAUGCAACAUUAGAAAGUCAGGAAGCUAUAUUCACUCAACGGACCACUUUUGACGCUGAUACACAAGAAUUCUUUGUCCUUUCUGGCCUUAAAAAUAAAGAUAAAAAAGAGAAAGGGUCACAAAUCGUCAAAAAUUCAUUUUGGGUGUACGAUCUUCACAAGUGCAAAUGGACGAGAAUAUAUCAAAGCGACGCGUUUGAUAUGAAAUAUUGGGAAGAUAAUGAAGCAUGUGAACCUCACCCCAGACAUGCACACCAAAUGGUUUAUGAUAGUGUGCACAAAGCCCAGUAUAUAUUUGGCGGAAGAACAGUCGAAACUGAUAUUUCCAGGAAACAACGUUUGGAUGACUUUUGGGUGAUAUAUCUAAUAAGACCUGAACCUGAUAAUAUUUUAAGACGCAUUAAAUUUCAGAUUAGAAAACAAAGAUUUUGGGAAAUGUGUUUGGAAGGUGACUCUAUAAAGGCACUCAAGUAUCUUCAGAAUCAACUUAGUCAAGUAGUAGACCAUACGAGUGAGACGGAAAGCGAAGAAUUUCGUGGCUUAACAUCCAAUUUAUUCUAUAACAUAAAAAAUGAUAUUGAUCUAUUUGAUGUAAGAACAGAACUCUUUGAGAAACUUUUGGAGUUCUUCCCGGAUGAAAUGAAGCAGCCUAAAGGAAACCUAAUCGAUUUAGCAACAAGAAGAGACGUGGAACAGUUGUUAAAAUUAUCGAACUAUCCGAAUUGGAAUUUAGGGAUUCAUUAUACAGGAAACCGAAGAAUCAGGCGAUUCAAUAGAGAUCAUAGAAAAAUUGACGAGGCCACAGAUAUAUUAUCAUUUCCUCUUCACAAGGCCAUAAAGCCAGGGAUUUUGCCAUCACCAUUAACUGAAGAACACAAAUAUCUGGGCGAUCUUAUAGUUUCGAUUCCGUACGUAUCGGAUUGGUGCAAAGCAAAUGGCGAAAAUAUAUAUUCCAGGUUAACUGUCUUAUACAUACAUGGAAUUUGUCACUUGAUUGGCUAUGAUCAUGAAACCGAUGAACAAUAUGAGCAGAUGAACUCUCGAGAACAGGAAAUAUUGAAGCAAUUCUUGGAAUGGAAAAAAAGUAUCUCGUAUAAACCGCGAGAACCAUGA